AUGAGUAGUUAUAGCAAGAGUAAGCUUAAGACAAGUUAUUAUCACAGAGAAUCAACGCAGCCCAUGCUUAGAAAGACUUUUCAUGAAUUGCAAGAUAAAAACGCCAGAUGUUUUCCAGACAGAGAUGCAUUUGUGUUCUGCGAAAGUGGUGUGCGAAUAUCUGUCAAGCAAUUUGUAGAUGAAACCAACCAGCUUGCUUGUGAUUUGGUGAAGCUCGGUCUGAAACCUGGUGAGCGAGUUUGUCUCUGGAUGGGUGAUGGAUACGAGUGGAUGCUAUUGAAUUCAGCUGCUAUUAGAGCCGGUCUAAUCACAAUUGAAUUAGCAGAAUUACAAUCAGCUGAUCGUUUAAGACACAUAAUAAAUAAAACAGAGUGUUCAGUUUUGUUUGUCGGUUUCAGUCAGUACGAUCAAUAUAAGAAAUUAAUACAAGUUACUCCAGAUAUAAAAUCUGCCACAUCAACUUUAUCUUAUGUACCAUCAUUGCGAAACAUUGUAACAUUUGAUGAUGACUGCCCUCUACUCGGAUGCAGCAUCGUUAUGCAUGCUAAACAACUACAAGGGCGUUGCGGAGCAGAAGAAGAUGAGUUCAUACAAACUUUGAAGAACAAAGUCAGUGUUGAUGAUCCUUAUAUAAUAACUUUCAUUUCUGGCAGCACUGGAUACCCCAAACCUGUGGUUCGAACACAAAGAGCCAACAUAGCAAACUUGUAUGCUUCAAAACGCAAUGCUGCAGCCAAUGAUGGAAGCAUAAUAAAGGUUCUAAAGUUAGCAGGCCUUGGUUCAUAUUGUCAUAUAUAUCAAACCAUGCUUCUAACCUGGGGUGCAACUCUGGUUUGGCCCAGACCCACAGAAGACUUUUCUGGUGCAUUGGAAGCCGUCGAGCAAGAACAAUGUAAUUUCGUGGUGUUGUUUCCUCAGUUUUUAUCACAAGCUGUCAAUCAGCAAAAUAUUACUAGCUUUGAUCUUUCAUCCUUGAAAAGAUGUUGGUGCACAGGAAACGUUUUUUCAGAAGGCAACAUUCUAAAUGCAAUUAAAUUACUAUGCCCUAAUACUGUUGUCAUGUAUGGAUCAAAUCAAGUCCAGGAUAUCAGCAUAGGGGAUAUAAUGGAUACAGUGGAAAAUAGAAUUCGUGUGAAAACCCAAGUAAUUCAUAACUGUGAAGUGAAGAUCACGGACACACAUCGAAACAUUGUUCCAGUCAAUACAAGGGGUGAAAUAUGGGUUCGUGGACCGUAUCUAUUCCAGUGUUAUUAUGGUGACAGGGAACGUACAGAGAAAGUUAAAGAUGCAUGCGGUUGGUAUUAUACUGGGGAUCUCGGUCAGAUGGAAGAAGAUGGUCGGUUGGUUAUAUUAGGCAGGAAAGAUGACAUGAUUAUAAAAGGAACACUCAAUGUAUAUCCGGCAGAAAUCACGAAUCAUCUAGGAAACCAUCCAAAAUUGAAAGACGCCCAUGUAGUCCCUGUUCCUGGUGAGAAACUCGUUAAUGAAAUCUGCCUUUGUCUUGUGCUUAAAGAAAAAUCCACUUGUACCAUGGAUGAAAUGCUGGAAUUCCUGGCUGGGAAGGUGUCUCCUUUGAGAAAUCCACGUUACUUUCUAUUUUUUACAAACAUUCCUACAAUGGGUUUGAAGGUAAAUCGAAAAGCUAUUAUAAAGGAAGCGGUCGAACGCCUAGGUCUGUCAUAG